UCAGAAUUAAGGCAGUCUUCAAAUCCUAGCCAAUCGGUUCGGAUGCAAGCGCAGAAGUAGAUAGAGCGACCAUUUGAUCAUAUAUUCGAUUGCGACGUCGACGCUUUUAGAUUGAAAACGUUUCAGAAAUGCCUACUAAGCGCACCAAGAUGCUGAACAAGUUUGGUGGCCAACUGACCGGACGGUUUUUAGUUCGCUACCUGGUUGUGUUUAGCGUCGCUUCGUUCUUUUUCGUUUUCACUUACCAUUCGUACCGUAACAGCGUAUUAGAAGAUUUACUGGUAAAAAGUCUUGUUGACGGUGUUCGUUCUACGAAUCAAGAAUGCCGUCCAACUGACAAGAUCGCCUUUAUGAAAACCCACAAAUGCGCCAGUUCUACCGUCGAAAACAUUUUAUUUAGGCACGCCUUGAGAGACAAACUAAAUCUAGCCCUUCCUUCUGGAGGUAACUAUUUAUCCCGAGUCAAGCUGUUCCAUCGCAAUUCCGUUUUACAUACAAAAUGGGGCCAUCUGCCAGUUAACGUAUUCACGCUGCACAACCGCUGGAAUUAUCCAGAGACAAUAGCGCUGAUGGGAAAAUCAACGUUCACUUUCACCAUCAUCAGGGAUCCCGUUGACCAAUUCGAGUCUCUUUACGUUUACAUGGGACUGAACAAAUUUUACGGGAAAGAUUUCAUCGAUUUCGUCCGUGCGUUGAAAAACAACAAAUACAACGUGACUGACGUGAAUCGACGCGCGGUGGGCGGCUUGUUUGGGCGCAAUCAAAUCGCAUUCGAUUUGGGCAUGUCUCCAGCUGAAUUUGACAACAAACCCCUGAUUAUCAAAGAAUGGAUCGAGCAACUAGACAAACAAUUCGAGCUGGUCCUCAUUGCUGAAAAGAUGGAACAAUCGCUGAUCCUUUUAGCUGAUUUCCUCUGCUGGCCUUUAGAAUAUGUUACGCACUUGGAGUUGAACGCUCGCAAACCGGAAAUGAAUGUGCGGCUGACACAAGACGAGCGCGAUAGCCUCGCAAAGUGGCUGAAUGUAGACACAAUGCUAUACCGUCAUUUCAGUCAGCGUUUAGACGAUCACGUCACUAAUUUCAACGAGCGCAACAAGCCUGAUUGGAUUGAAGAGCAGAUGCGAAUAUUGCGUCGGCUAAACAGUCAAGUGGUGGAACGUUGCGUCAUCGAACGGGUCGGAAACGAAAAACUGAAAGGAAAAUUCUUGGAGACGAGCAACAGUAUAAUGGGAUACCUCAUUCACCAAAACGUGCCAGAGUGCGAAUUCUACGCCAUGAGCGAACCGGCUUAUCUCAACAUCUUUCGAGAAAGGAUGGCACAACUUGCUGCCGUUACACCAAGAAAUCAUACCUUCACAAAAUUCUGGUGACUAUUUUUAUUGGCCCGAUGACAUCUUGAAUUAAAAAAACUAAAUGUGUUCUGCUAAAAUACAUGUCAACGUAAACUGG